UUCAUAGCCUCCUCGAUGUGGUUCUUCAGUAUUCUAUUUAUUCCUUUCUUCUUGAAACCAGCUCACACAAAUAUGGAUUCAAAAGCAUUAUCUACAUCAAUUGCUAAAUUUUCGGCAAAAUUUUGUAAUCAAUUAGAGAAGACCAGUGUAGUUUCAUCACCUCUAUCGGCAGAGUACUUGCUGGCGCUUCUAGCACUGGGCUCCGAAGAUCCGGCACACUCUGAAUUAUUAAAGUCUCUUGGAUUACCUGAUGAUGAUGCUGUUCGGACCUCAUUCACCAGUUUUGCAAACAAACUGAAAUCAAUCAAAGGAAUUACAUUAAAUAUAGCAAAUAAAGUGUACAUUCAAGAGGGUGAUUAUGAUUUGAGCCCUGCUUUAAAAAAUGAUGCCGUCAAAGUGUUCGAUGCUGGACUUGAAAAAAUGGACUUUACUGACAGCUCAGCUGCUGGUUUAAUUAAUAAAUGGGUGGAGAGUAAGACCAACGAACGCAUUAAGGAUCUGUUAUCACCUGACAGUUUGAAUAGUGACACCCGCCUUGUACUCGUUAAUGCAUUGUACUUCAAGGGUACAUGGGUAAAUCAAUUUGACCCAAUUCACACCAUGGAUCAGGCUUUCCACAUUGACGCUAACACAACCGUAGAUGUCCCAAUGAUGUUUAUAGAAGAGGAAUUCUUGUAUGGUGAGGAUCCAGCAAUAAAUGCCCAGUUCCUCCAGAUGCACUACGCCGGGGAAGAAGCCAGCAUGUUGAUCGUGCUGCCCCGGGAAGUGGAUGGAGUGGAUGACCUGCUCACCCACCUGGCGGACGGCUACGACCUGGUCGGGCAGCUGGACAAACUGCACAGAGUCAAAGUGAAGGUCACCAUCCCCAAGUUCAAGAUUGAGACGGAAAUUGAUCUCAAAUCUCUCCUUCCCAAGAUGGGUGUCGAAGCUAUUUUCGACCCGCAUAACUCUGGCAUCAAUAAGUUACUUGACAACGGAGAGAUGCUGCACGUGUCGAAGGCCGUGCAGAAGGCUUUCAUUGAAGUGAACGAAGAGGGAGCCGAGGCAGCCGCGGCUACCGGCAUGGUGUUGAUGAUGCGAUGCGCGCCCAUGUCAUCACCGACCUUCCGCGCCGACCGCUCCUUCUCCUACACCAUCUUCACCAGCGAGCGAGCCCCUCUCUUCACCGGCGUCUACCGCGGCCCCAACUGACUCCAGCGAGCUCCGCCUCUCAACGUGUUAACACAUCGACCCUGAAACCCGGAGACAACUUAAAUCUUAAAGGAAUAUUAGGAACACACAUAACUUAUAAAAUUUAUUAAUAAUAUAUAUUAACAAUAAAUUAACGAUGUUAAAUUACCUGACUUAUUUCGCGCCCACUGACCUCGCUUGGGUAAAAAGAAUUGUUUGCAUUGCAUUUUACUAAAUGUUAGGAGUCUACUGGGCUAUAGGUCGAUGUACUACACACACAUAUGUUUAUACAUUAUAUUACAUAUUAUGUUAUAUCGAAUCACAAUUAUUUAUAUUAUAUAGUUGGUGUGCCUGUCAAAUCUGAUUAAUGUAGGUACAUUUUUGUGAUAUUAUAUAUUUCACCUUUUUUAUAGAUGUUUUUACGGCAUUUUGAAAGUAUUGUGUAUUAGUUAUAAAGUUUACAUUUUUAAAAAAAUGUACCAUUUCAUUUUUAACCGACUAAGUCGAAAUAAUAAUUGCUGUAAGCGUUAUAACUAGAGACCGGAUUAUAUGCUACAAAAAAUGCCCAAAAUAUGCAAGUAAAAUAACUAAAAUAUGCACGAAAAUCCAUACGAAGGGCCAAAAUAUGCAUACAAUUGAACAGGAAAAAAUAAAAAGUCAUAUUUUUAUUUUAUUUUAUAAAGGCUUGUACUGACAGUCGUAUUUGUGAAAGAAACUAUUACAAGAUAUACCUACUUAGGUAACAAUUACCUUUAAAAAUAAAUUUAAGAUUUACCUUUAAAAAUAUCUGCUACUAAGUACUGUUCUAAAUGUUCUGUAGACAAAUUGUGUCUAUGAUCGCUUAAGGCGACACUAAAUGUCAGCGACCUUGAGCGAUAUGAGUUCACAGCUGCCGGCCCGCCAUCUAUGUAACAAAGCCAACAUUUUCAAAAUUCAUGGGUGGAAAACACUUUAUAUGCUUACAAUCCUCGUUAUUCACUACCAAUCUGAAUAAAUGAACCUACACAAAAAAGUACAAGCUAUAAGAAUAACUUUUCUGAGAGAAGUACCAAAAAAAUGCGUCACGCCAUGCCAAAAAACUUGUUUAACUGCAAAGAAAAGUGGUUGUUCAAAAAGGCUCGGCAGUGUUAACUAUAACCAACUGCAAGCAUUAGCAACCUACAAAUAAGACUUAAGGAUAUGUGUAACAGGAUUAAGUAGUGUUCAUAGCCCGAAAUGCUAUACUUUCACCACAAAACUUGUCUAAAAACACCAUGUUUGCGUGUUUUCUGCUUACUCUUCGCCUUAAUAAAUUUUUGUAAGCGGAAAAGGAGCGUUCUGCGUCUACUGAGGAUUCUGGGCAGAAUUUUUUGAGUGUAAUGUUUGGGCGUACUAUGAAAAGCAUCGAACGAUGGGCGAGAUCGAGCAUAAUAUUUUUUUUUUUCUAAAAUAUGCAACUACCGCUGAAUAGGUACUAAAUAUGCAUUUGCAUAUAAUGCCGUCUCUAGUUAUAACAC